GCGGAUGAGCGUCAGCGGGCAAGCAUUGGGCGCAGACAUCGGGAGCGCGGGCUGGCGGAACAUCGAUGAGCAUGAGCGGGCGGGCGGUUCCGGGGGCCAGGGCGGCCUGCGGCGACGCGCGAGAGCCGAUGAGCAUCAGCGGACCCCUACCAGCCUCAGCGGGCCAUCAGCCGGCCGGCAGAUGAGCAUCAGCGGAGCCGGAUGA